AUGGCAGCAAAACAGAUUGUCACAACAUAUGUUACUGAACCGCCAACUACUACCAAGACGGGAACAUCAACAGAAUCAACAGUAGGUUCUGUUCAUAAAAUUAAUAUGCCUGACGAACAAAUAAGUCUUACGGCACCAGUGAGUGUUGUUUCAGCAACAUCAUUAUCAAAUCCCAAGGGUGGCGGCGCAAGAGGAGUAUUUCAAAGUCCAAGCACAUAUGUUAGGAACCUUUGGACACAAAUUUUGGCAUCUUCGCCCAUGGAUAAAUUAUUUCUUCUAGUUUUCGUUAUCGUAUCAGUGAUCGGUAUUGUUUUGAUCAUUGCAUUAAAUGCUGCAUUGCAUCGUUCCAUCGGAACAACGUUCACAUGCAAUCUAACAUAUACUUGGAAUACCACUGGAACAAUAUUUGUCCCUGAUACAUUACUUGAGUCACCUCAAGGGAUCUUCAUAAAGAAUAAUAUUGCCUAUAUAUCGGAUGCUGCUGAUACGCCUAUUAUCUAUUCAAUAACAACCACUGGAACAACAUUGACAGCAACUAUAACAAGCGCCGGACUGUCGAGUCCUCAAAUUGUCUAUGUAGAUCAAUCAAAUAACAUGUUUGUACCAGAUUAUGAUCACGCAUGUGUAUUUAAGUUCACAACUUUCGGUAAUGUACCUACAACGCCAGUCGUAGCUGGUUUAAUUGAUACUCCAGGUAGUAAUCUUAGUCAACUAGAUGGUCCAACUCAAUUAGCUUUUGAUUCAACAGAAACAUAUAUGUUUAUUGCGGAUUCAAAUAAUAAUCGAAUUAUAAGGUUUUUAACAACUGCAACGACUGGCGAUACAGGAGUUGUUGUUGCAAGUGGUACGGACUAUGGAAUUAAUGAACCUUAUAAUCUAUAUUAUGAUUCAUCAUCCGACUAUUUAUAUAUCGCAAAUGCACAAUCAGGUAUAGUCAUAAGAUGGAAACCAUUCGCUUUAAGUGGUACCGUAGUUGCUGGUGUUGCAGGUUCAAGUGGAUCAUCCUCAAGUCUACUCUAUGGACCGGGUGGUGUUUAUUAUGAUGCAGCAACACAACUAUUGUAUGUUGCGGAUGUAGGGAAUGGACGUAUUAUGGCAUAUUGUAAUAAUGAUGCAUCGGGAAUAAUGAUUGUCGGAACUGGUAUACCGGGAAAUGGACUAACGCAACUCGGAGCUCCCUACACGAUGGCGUUUGAUUCAAGUUGGAAUCUAUACGUUUUGGAUUCUAGUAACAGUCGUGUACAACAAUUCAUUAGACUAUAA